AUGCCUCUCGCAGAUCUCCCCAAUGAGAUCCUACUACUGAUAUCCUCCUUUCUCAAUGAGUAUGCCGACCUCAACGCAUUCUCACAAGUCAGCCACCACUUCUAUGCAUUGUCAAAUAAAGAUCUCUACAGGGCCCUCGCAAGGGCCUCACCGGCGAGAGCAAUAGUAUGGGCAGCACAAAAGGGCAGCGAGGCUAGUGCACGGAAACUAUUGGAGAUGUGUGGCCAAGAGAUAUUGGAGAUGCGUGGCCAAGAGAUAUUGGAGAUGCGUGGCCAAGAGCUAUUGGACAUCAUCGCUGAUGACUAUCAAAGACCAAUAGUUGUUGCCGCAGAAAACGGACACAGCCAUCUCGUCAAGCUAUUUUUGAGUUACUGUUUGCCAUACGACAACACAGAAAGAGAAGCCAGUCUAUUUACAGAAACGCUUAAUGCUGCAAUUGAGCAAGGCCAUGAGGCAAUUGUCAGGCUUCUUCUUGAAUCCAAGGUCGACGUCGCAUUCUACCGCCAGGACAAGUAUCCCGCGCAACUUCUGUCUGUGGCGGUCCAAUACCGGCGGCUGUCCAUUGUCAAGUUGCUCCUUGAACAUAAUUACUACAACCCCAGUACGUCCAAGCCAAACGAAAAGACCCCUCUAGCCCUCGCGGCAUCUACGAGGGCCUCACCCGUAAACUUGGAGAUUGCGCGGCUCUUAAUAGAAGCCGGCGCAGAUCUAAAUACCGACAGCUCCCCAAUUCUCGAAGCCGCGCGAUCAGGAAACAUGCCAGUCAUGAAGCUCUUCCUAGAACAGGGGUUCGAUCCGCGAAAAUUAGACGAGCUCGAAGUCCUGCUUGAAUUCUCUUGGCCUCGCCGACGAGACCGCGCGAUGGCGGCACUACUUCUGAGCUGGAUUGACGUCGACCACGCCAUUGCAUCUGGCAGUAUCCAACGAUGCUAUCUACUGCGCGGCGCAAUCACCAACCGAUUCGAUGAUCUUUUGAAACGAAUUUUGGAGAAUCGAUUCGUCUUUGACGAAUCUCACAAACUGGAUCGAGCACGGUUAUCAAUAUGUCCGCUGAAACUGGCCGUUUGCUAUGGCCGGACCAGGGCUGUCAAGUUGUUGCUUGAGCAUGGUGCUGAUCCCAAUGGCGAGGCACCUGGUAUUCGACCGAUUGUUCUUGCCAUUGAUAGAGGUCGUGAUGCGAUUGCGAGGUUGCUGCGUGAUAAGGGGGCAGAUGGUCCUCCUGUUCGGGUUGCUGGGACGACAUCGGUCCUGCGGGCGAGAGAGCUUCGUAGGGUUCGGUUGAUACAAGAGAGACCCUCUGCUGGCUGGGAGGUCUGCUGUUAA